AUAAAUAAAUAAAUAAUCAAAUAUUAUUAAUUAUGUAAAAACCGUGUGAUCAGAUUGGUUACAGUACUACGCCAGUUGAGGCAUUCCCCGCCACGCCCCGUUCAUAAGAGUUAUUCCCAGACAUCCUCCGCAAAAAAAAACCUUUUGAAAUUCUGAGUGACAAAGAAAGCUCAUUUCAUGAUCUGUACUCUCACCACGGACCAUAAAACCAUCAGCGAGGUAAUACACGAUGGGGUUGUCGCUCGUCUCGGGUCCCUCUGACUUGUUGCGCACUUAUUAUUUAGCUACACAGUAACCGCGCCGCUUUGAAAUGUUUCCCAUUCGUCUCGUGUCUACUGACUACUUUUCAAUCGAGGGCAAAAUAAAGACCUCUUCGAUUUCUACCUCAAAGGACUCGAAUGGUAUAUACGCGGAUAAGAAUACUUUAGCGCUGGCAGGUGAGGGAGAAACGGGGAUUCCUGACUCCUUAUGCGCGCGCUUGAACGCACGCGACGUUUGAAGCAGACGGAUUUGAAGAUGAUUUCAGCGCAGCUCGCGAGCACAUCUGGAUUUUGUCUUCAGAUACUUUACAGUCUUCUCCUACUGUGGACCAAAGAAAUGAAUGGACUUUCGGACUUCUCAAAUUAUCUGUUUAGGAUCAUUAACAGUCAUUCAGCACAAGCCUGUGAUGGAGAUGUCCUGGUCCUCAGGUGCCCACGACACUCAAGCAUAACUGUUCAGUCUGCGUUUUAUGGGCAGAGUGAAGAUGUGAAUGUGCCCGGAAUGAGAUGCCAAUGGCGUAAUCACAGCUGUUCCGCCACCACAGCACUGCAGAAAGUGCUGUAUGAAUGCCAGGGUCAUAGAGACUGCCAGCUGCUGGUUAAUCAUCACGUCUUUGGCCGAGAUCCUUGCCCUGGAACCCCUAAAUACCUCCGUGUGUCAUACAGGUGUAAGCCUACGGAACACAAAAAGAGAGUAACAUGUGAGGGAGAUCGACUUUUGCUCCACUGCAAGUAUCCAAAAGUGCUCAAUAUCUACUCGGCCGUGUAUGGGCGAACAAUGGAAGAGGAAGACCAUUGCCCAUCAGAGAUACGAGAACCCCCACCCUUUGACUGCCUUUUUCAUGGAGCUGUGGGUGUGGUGACAAACAUCUGUUAUGGUAAACAAAGGUGCUUGUUUACCAUAGAUGAGGAGCAUUUCAAUGACCCCUGCCCUCCUGGAACAAAAAAGUAUCUCACUGUUCUCUAUGCAUGUGUACCACAAAGUUUACUCAAGGAGGCUGAUCCCAACCAUUUCCAAACUACCUCAGUUCCUAGCCAGAGCACCAAAGAAGUAGAACGUCCAGUCGUCAAAAGUGCAAAGUUUCCUGAAAACAGGAUCAUUGUCAGCAAUUCUUUAAUGGCAUAUGGCUUCAUUACAGAGCAUCCCGAGAUGGCAGGCCUGCUCUUCACUUCAAGUGUUUGUGUGGGACUUCUGGUCAUCCUGGUAGCUGUUUCCACUCAGAUAACCUGCAGCAGACACCUUAAUAAGCCUGGAACACUCAAUAAGAGUAGAACCACUGAACUAGAAGAAGUGGAGCCAAUGAGUCAGGAUAUUGAUGAGGAGGAUGAAGAAGAUAACGGGUCAGAGUCAUUGAUGGAAAGCUCUAACCUUUCAGAAAUAGGCAGAAAGUUGUAUUGUUGGGAGGAUGUGACUUACACCACAGAGGCAGCGGAGCUGAUGGAGAGGAUCGAACGACGGGAACUCGUGAUUCAGGAGAUCAGGAUGAACGCGUACCUCAAUGGAAACACAUGCAUCUUGCAUUCAUACUUGCCAACUGUUAAGCAAAAUGUGCAGUAGCUUUGGUUUAAU